AUGAGACCACCUCACUUCCCGACUCUUGAGAUCAUGGCUUUCGAGUUAUCCGAUGCGCAUGCCAUUCUGCUUGCCACAAAUCUUUGCGCAGGUGGUAGUGUAGCGGAGCUGCCAGCCCUUCAGGCCCAAUUCCCCCACUGUUUUCCCUUCGAGCGCCUCCUACGCAUCAUCUUGACCUUUCUCCCGGAGAGUACAGAGCCCUCGAGCUACACUUCAGUGCUUCAAGAACUGCAAGCAGGUCCCAGUGGAUCGAUAGAUCAAGCUAUCGAUACAUCUGCCGUGAAAGACUUAACCGAAUCAGCUGCUCGAAAGCGCGUGCGCAAGCUUAAUCUCCGACCACUACAACGCCCCGACGAGGAAGCUGAGGUUGCUUCAGCGGAUCCUUUGACGCAAUUUCUCAUACACCGGGCGCAUUUGAUCGACUUUGAAACAGCGCUACAGCCCCUUGUCCUCGAACUCCUUCUACCAUUCUACGAGCGUUCCCAGGUCAUUCGAACAUGGCUGAUCUCCAGCCUAUUACCGUUGCUUCGACUCAACUACGAACUAUACGCGAAUCUCGAGGAAAAUAUAUCAUUUGAAGUUUUGGAGUCGAUGGAUGAUCAGACCGCGAUCAACAUUUUAUUGUCUUUGAUCAGUGACCAGGAAAACAGCAUGGAUUUGGUUAAUAACUUGAAAGGUCUUAUUGGACCUUGGCUUUAUGGGGGUAACCGGUCAAAGCGACGGAGACUCAACGAGGCGGCGCAACAGAACUCGGUUUCGUUCAUUCAAGGGUCGGAGAAACCUCAGUCGACCGAGUUGGCGGGUUGGGAACACGUGAAUGAGUGGUUAGUGUCGCGCAGUCUUGUGGAUCAUGAAAGUGUUGUCAGCGCUUUCAGACACUGGGAUGGACCGUCCGACGUUGAUUUGGGAGGAUACGAAAAACCCGGAGAAGGACUGUCAGAAGACAAGGCAAGAGAAUUGCAGUCUCGGUACGGUCAAUCCGGUCUCGCCGUGGUGUUUGCCCAUGCAGAUUCAUCGCCGGCUGUUCUCGAUGGUUCAUUCGAGAUACUCAACAGAGUUGCGAAGCUGCUUGAUCUCGAAGACAGCUUAUACCCCAGUACUGAUUCGGGACUCCACUCUGUGCACUAUGAUACCGAGCCGGUUUCCUCGACUUCAAGGGCGUCACUAUUGCAGAACUCCCUUUUGAGACCGACAAAUCCCCUAACGAAACCUUCGCCCUCAUCAAUUUCCUUCCUCAGCGCUUUGCUUAUCUCUCUCCGUAUCUUGACCGAACUAGGUCAUCUCGUCCCCUGUCGAGUUGCAGCAAAUAUGUGCUUGCACAGCACCCAGGAAAUGCAGUUGGCUGAGCUUAAAAGUGCGGUUGAAUCUACUGUGAAGCAACCUAGGUCACCACAGGAUUGGCCUAUGGUUCGACAAAAACUGCUUUGGCUUCGAGACUGGCAGGCGGAGGAGCCCGAAAGCGCUUGGGAUGAACCUUCUUCGCCCUACCAUGGUCUUUUCUGGAGAGUCCCGCGCGAGACAGUUGAGACAGAGAUCUUGAAAGCUCUUCUAGCAGCCAAGGAGUAUCAACUGGCUGUUGAUUUGUACACGAAUCCCAAGUCGGCACCACUCAGCUCCUCCCAGGUUGAAGCAGCGGUCCAAGAGGCCAUAUUUGCAGCAUACGACAAUGCAAGCAACGGAAACCGCACUCGCGGGGGAAUGAAAAGGGCCUAUGACAUUCUGCAAUCAUUCCAACCGCACUUCCCGGAGUCUCUUGCUUUAAAGCAGGUUCGCGCCCUCAUCGCUGCCACACACGCACUAUCAUAUUACUCUUUGACUUUGCAGCAUGGCGUUCCAUUCCAGCCUGUCAGCAUUCGCGUGCACCACGAUCCUCUCCUUCUGAUCGAGAAAGUACUCGAACAAAACGCAAGAAGCUACACCAAACUAGAUGACCUCCUGUCCAUUGGACGAAACCUCGUUGCCGCAGGUGUACCAACAAAAUCUGCCACCCACGAAUCCGACGACGAACCAUCUGAUCCCCCAUCAGAGGAACAAGCCUUACUUACAUCCGAACGCCGCAUCACCAGUCUGGCAAUCAACUCCGCCCUGAACUCCAACGACUUUGGCACAGCCUACUCCUACAUCCAAACCCGUCUAUCGCCCCCUUCCCUCCUCUCAACCCCAUCCCUGACUUCAACCACGCCAGACGACAUCUCCUGGCGAGCAGUCUACAGCGCAGGUCGCUACCGCUCAACAACACCAACCAACCCGCCGCCAUCCCUCACCACUCAAAUAACUCACCUAUCCCAACGAAUGGAACUUCUCAGCCUAGCCCUCGUCCUCACCCCAUCACCAGAUCCCCUCCCUGAAGUCCUAGGCGCCUGGCGCCGCUGCGACGAAGAACUCACUUCCCUCCGCGCCCGCGAACAGCAAGAGGAAGACCUUUGGGAUCGCAAAGGCGAUACGCUGUCGUCCGUUCCAGGCGGAUUCGGACCUUCAGACUCUGAACGCGAUGCAUUUGAUACCGAGCAGCAGCGGGCUGCGCGCCGUGCCAGAGCCCGUGCCGCUUUGCCGAAUUCCCAUCGUCAUGAGGCUCCUAUGGGUCUAUUUGAGGUUGCUAGGGGUGCCGCGCUGGCUAUUCAUAAGAAUGCAUUCCCGUUGCGAGGUAAAGAGGAGGUGUCCAUUAGCGAUGAACGGCCUUUGUCGCCUGAUAGCGAGGGUCGUGUGAGGAAGAGGGAUAUGGUUAGCAAUAUGGUUACUGGUGGAUUGGUCAGUGGGAUUGGGUGGGUCAUUGGUGCGCCUGCCAACAAGUAG